UUCGGGCCUAAGCGGAAGUGUGGGCCCCUGUAUAUCUGGGAAGGAGACCCCGCCCCGGCCUCUUUCAGCUCCGAGCUGCAGCCGGUCACUACAUAGGCGAGCAGACACCAUGGCAGACUGGGAAACUGUUCCUGUUGGGGCCGAGACCCCUGAAAUUAAGCUGUUUGGGAAGUGGAGUACAGAUGACGUCCAGAUCAAUGACAUAUCGCUGCAGGAUUACAUUGCUGUGAAAGAGAAAUAUGCCAAGUUUCUGCCACACAGCGGGGGGCGUUAUGCCGCUAAGCGCUUCCGCAAGGCCCAGUGCCCCAUUGUGGAACGUCUCACAAACUCCCUCAUGAUGCACGGGAGGAACAACGGCAAGAAACUCAUGACUGUCAGAAUUGUGAAGCACGCCUUCGAGAUCAUCCACCUGCUGACUGGGGAGAACCCUCUGCAAGUGCUGGUGAACGCCAUCAUCAACAGCGGUCCCCGUGAAGACUCCACGCGUAUCGGCAGAGCUGGAACAGUGAGGAGACAGGCUGUGGAUGUGUCCCCCCUCCGAAGAGUCAAUCAGGCUAUCUGGCUCCUCUGCACCGGCGCUCGUGAAGCUGCGUUCAGGAACAUUAAGACCAUUGCAGAAUGUGUGGCCGAUGAGCUCAUCAAUGCAGCCAAGGGCUCGUCUAACUCCUACGCCAUCAAGAAGAAGGAUGAACUGGAGAGAGUAGCCAAGUCCAACCGUUAAGGUGUCUGUGGCCUCAUGUUUCAAUUCCUCCAAUAAAAAUAUUUCCGUCA